AUGGAUUCGGCAAGGGGUGCUUCACUUUCGACGCCUCCUUCUUGUGAUGCAUGCAAUUCUUUGCCUAAUAACCCGAUGACAAUAGGUUGUGGCCAUUCAUUCUGCAAGAAAUGUAUGAAACAUGAUGAAACUAAGCAAUUUAUAAUUUGUCCUUCGUGCAAAAUUCUUGGAAGUGUAUCAAUUCUUCAGUCAGAUGAUGAACUAACUGAGAAAAUUAGCCAUUUUCUCUCGAGGUUGAAUUCUUCUGCGACAAGUACAAAGUGUGAUUCAGAAUUUGAAAUUUUUGAUGAAGGAGAACCUCCAACGGAGUACCAUCGCAGAUUUGUUGAAUUAAACGAAGAGUUUACUCAAAAUGAUUUGCUCAACCCUCCAGUUUCUCAGUUAGAAGACUUAUUCUCUGUCUUGAAAAAUAUCUGUUCGGUUUAUUUAAUUUAUGCCAAAGACUGUCUUAUUAGUCUGAAUGCUCUUCGCAGUCUUCCCAUUAAUGAUUUACCUUUGUCCUCUUUCUUGACGUUCUUUGAAUCCUUGGAAAAAAAUCCAGCUAAAUUAUCUCAUUGGCCAACUUUGACACCGCCAAUUAACGUACUAACUGAUAAAUGCAAGGCGAACCUGGUCGAAAUUAUUACACAUCUAUUGGAUACUGUUGAACUGGGCUUGAAAAUAUUAAAUCAUCUUCAUAGAAAAGGUUCUGAAUUGAGUAAAAAAACUAUCGACAACUUUCUCACGGUACUUCACGAUAAUCUACGAAGUAUUGGUCGUGAUAUUCUUUCUCGAGUGAUGAAUGAUCGGCUGCUCAAUCUGAAGUACAUAGCUCGUACCAACGGAAAUCUUUCUCUUUCUACUGGAUCUCCUAGUCACAUUAAUUCCUCAAAUCUUGCCAAUUUCCUCGAUUCUCUGCAUGACAAUGAUUUUCGACCCUCUCUAGUUGCAGAGGCUUCAGAUACAGACGCUCUAAUUGAUAGAAGUCCCAAUGCUAGAACUCGUGUUGACUCCAAUGUUAGUGCCAAAGAAAGCUUUUGUACUCUGUGUACUCACCCUUUACUGAAAAAAUGGACACUAAUUUUCAGCAUUUGUUGGUUCAGUAAUGCUGCUGCCUACUACGGUUCAACCAUAGCAUCUGGCGAAGCCUUCACUAACCGAUUUCUCAGUUUUGCUCUCAGUGGUCUGGUUGAGAUUCCUGGUCAUUGUCUGUCGCCCUGGCUUAUGAAUACGUAA